GACUGAGGAUGUACUAAGAUAUUGUACGAAACGUCUCGUAAUACAUAGUUAUGCAUUCGGUGUUUAUUAUACUACUAUUCAUUUCGAAAUGUAUUCACCGGUUAAUUAAAAAGAAACCUGAAUCAAUCAAAAUUCCAGUUUACAUAUUGUCUGCAAUAUUUCUGUAGUAGUAUACGUACAAGCAUCCAACUAGCCAUGUUUGAUAAGUUUAGGUUCAGGUUAUGUCAUAGACAAUUGGAAUGUCUGGUUCUAUGGAAGUAAAAUUCCAGAUGCAAAAGCUUCAUCGUUUGAGAUAUUAGAAAAUGGUUAUGCAAAAGACACAUGGACAAUAUAUUUUAUGGGAAAACCCGUCGAAGGAUUAAAACCAAUAUUUUUCAAAGACUUAGUUAAGUAG